GCAAGGAGCCCUCACUUUUUGCAGCUGACACGUGCCUCUGGUAGCCAUGAAUUGGCUCUGCCUCCUCGUCCUGCUGGCCACGUGCGGGCUUGCACACGGCACAUGGGACAACUGCGGAUCGGUGUGCGGGUUCCGAUCCAUGGGUUAUGACUACGGUGCCAACGCUUAUCAAUACAACUACUAUGGCAUGUCACGCGUCGUGGGCGGCACAGGUGCCCACGAAGCGUCCUGGCCCUGGCUCGUCAGCCUCCAGCAUGAGUGGAUACCAGACACGGGGCAUUUGUGCGGAGGGUCCCUCGUCCACCCGCAAUGGGUCCUCACGGCAGCCCACUGCUUUGACGAUGUCACCAACAUCAGCCUGGUGUAUGUGGUGAUCGGGGCCACCCAGUUGACUCAACCAGGGCCUGGGGCACAAGUCCGCUACGUUAAGCAGCUGCGCCUUCACCAAUACUAUAAUAAAGUCAACAUGAAGAACGACAUCGCCAUGCUGGAACUGGACCAUCCUGUCAUGUGCAGCCCCUACAUCCAGCUGGCCUGUGUGCCCGAUCCGACACUAAGAGUGUCAGACCUGGCAUACUGCUUUGUCGCUGGCUGGGGUGCCACCACUGCAAGGGCUGCAAAAACAAGUGAUCUCCUGCAGGAGGCCCAGGUCCACCUCAUCGAUCUCAAGCUCUGCAACAGCAGCCAGUGGUAUGCGGGGGAAAUCCACAGCUCCAACUUGUGUGCUGGUUAUCCACAGGGCAUCAUCGACACCUGCCAGGGGGACAGCGGUGGUCCUCUCAUGUGCAAAGACAACGUGGCUGACUACUACUGGGUUGUUGGAGUGACCAGCUGGGGAAGAGGCUGCGCAAGACCAAAGCAGCCCGGAGUCUACACCUCCACUCAGUACUUCUACAACUGGAUGCUGGCUGAGAUGGCUGCAAGCCCAUAUAGAAGGGCUUCUCUAGCAGCACAGGCUUGGGGUCAUUUUCCAACUGCCCCACAACCCACUCAGUAUCCAUGGAUGAGACCACCUGCCACGCAACCACCAUGGACAAGACCAACUGCCGCACAGCCGCCAUGGACGAGACCACCUGUCACACAGCCGCCAUGGACAAGACCACCCGUCACACAGCCACCGUGGACGAGACCACCCACCACAAAGCCACCAUGGACAAGACCACCUGCCACACAGCCACCAUGGACGAGACCAACAGCUGCACAGCCACCAUGGACGAGACCACCCACCACACAGCCGCCAUGGACAAGACCAACUGCCGCACAUCCACCAUUGACAAAACCACCGGCCCCAGAGAAGCCGAAGCCACUGCCGAAGCCAAAGCCAACAUCAUCGGACCAGGUUAGCUCCUGUCCAUAUCCAGCUGAUGAGCUGGUGAAAUUCUUUACUCAGGUGAAGGAUCUCCUCCAGGAGGUCUUUGGGGAAAAUACAAUUUGAGCAGCAGGACAGACAGGAUCCAGUGUGAGCUGCAGUACACCACGACCACUUCCUGAUGGUGCAAUGCCUACUGAUCCAAAGGCUGCCUCAGAGUCAAAAGUCUACUCUGUCCUGCCUACACUCCUCUUCUGCAUGCAGGCAAACACUGAAGUUGACUUAAUUGUUGAAAUAAAGUUGCCUAUGUUCAC